CCUAACCCUAACCCUCCCUCUUUCUGAUCUCUCCCCAGAGAAGAUCCACGAGGAGAUUGACUACGUCGUUGGUGUCGAUCGGACUCCCAGCAUGGAGGACAGGCUGCAGAUGCCCUACACGGAAGCCGUGAUUCAUGAGAUACAGAGAUUUGGGGACAUUGUCCCCCUGGGACUGCCACGCCGGGUCACCCGAGAUGUGCAGUUACGGGGCUACACAAUUCCCAAGGGGACCGAAAUUUUCCCCAUGUUGGGAACAGCGAUGAGAGACCCCAAACAUUUUGCAAGACCUGAGGAGUUUGACCCCCAACACUUCCUGGAUCAGAAGGGGCAGUUCCAGAAGAAUGAGGCUUUCAUACCCUUCUCCAUUGGAAAGCGCUACUGCUUUGGAGAACAUCUGGCCCGUGCUGAGCUCUUCCUCUUCCUCACCAGCAUCCUGCAGCAUUUCCGCUUCAAGUCAGCUGUGCCCCCUGAAGACAUCGACCUCUCCCCAAUGUUGGUGGGGUUGGCAACUAUCCCACAGAUCUAUGAGUUCUCUGUCAUCCCCCGCUGAGGGAGGGGCCCUCUGGAGCCUUGGCAACGUUCCUUUCUACAUCUCCCCCCCCCCACUUUCUUCUGACUGCAGGAGAUGCCCUCUAAGGACAUGGCUCUCUUGCUGAGGGCACCGCAGCUGCCUCUCCAUCUCCAGAGAGCCUGGCACCUUCGGGCACCCUGUCCCCUGCACUGCAUUCCAGCUCCUGCUCCUCUACCCCAACCUCUGUGCCCUUUCCUCCAGCAGCUCUGGCCAGGCUGGCUUCGGGUGGGGGGCAUGGAAUUCAGCUGGUGUUCAGGUCUCCCCCUUCUCAGACAGUCUAGUUCAGUCCCGCCUCUCUCCUUUGAAGUUGCCAACUCAGGCGGGUUUCUGGCUUGUAAAAUCUCCUCUGUAUGGUGACCUGUUUUGUACAUGAAUAAACCUUCUUUGCCAACCUAAAA